UUUACACUUAUACUGGUCCAUAUCCCAUCAUUUUCGUCCUCUUCCAUCCCUUAGAAAAUUCUCAACCAUGGAUUUUUUCUCCCUUCAAACACUCAUCUUCACUAUCUUCAUAUCUCUUUUCAUCUACUAUUUCUUACUAUUUCUCAAUAAAAAAAAUGCCAAGAAACCUGGUUUCAAAAUCUAUCCACUUGUUGGAGCAUUACCAGAGUUUCUUCUUAACCGUCACCGUUUUCUUGAAUGGGCUACUGACGUACUUUCUACUUGUCCUACAAACACUGCCGUGUUCUACCGUCCUGGAAAUGUUCAUGGUGUUAUGACGGCUAAUCCACUUAACGUUGAACAUAUGUUGAAGACAAAUUUUGAGAAUUUUCCUAAAGGACAAAGAUUUUAUACUAGGCUUGAAGAUUUUCUUGGUGAUGGUAUCUUUAAUGUUGAUGGUGAAAUUUGGAGAAUACAAAGGAAAUCUGCUAGUUAUGAAUUUAGUACGAGAUCUCUAAGGAAUUUUGUCAUGGAAACUGCACAGGUGGAAAUACAUACACGAUUGAUUCCAAUUCUUGAAGAAGCAGGCAAAAUGGAUCGAAUUAUUGACAUUCAAGACAUCUUAGAAAGAUUUGCAUUUGAUAACAUCAUCAAGCUUGCAUUCAAUGUGGAUCCAAAUUGUUUAGGAGGAGCUGAAAGUGAAUUCAUGCAAGCUUUCGAAAUUGCAACAACUCUAAGUUCAGGUAGGUUCAUGUAUGCUAUUCCCUUCCUUUACAGAAUCAAGAAAAUCUUGAACAUUGGAUCAGAGAAAAAGCUACAAAAAUCAAUCAAGAUUGUACAUGAAUUCGCGGAUAAGAUAAUAAAUUCAAGAUUGGAAGAGCGAGCUGAGAAGAAAGAUGAAGACUUGUUAUCAAGGUUCAUGGGGGAUACUAAUCAAUUCUCAGCUAAAUUCUUGAGGGACAUAGUCAUCAGUUUCAUCCUAGCUGGUCGAGACACAACAUCAGCGGCUCUAACUUGGUUCUUUUGGAUAUUGUCUUCAAGGAAAGAUAUAGAGGAAAAAAUACUAGAUGAAUUAGUUCAAAUUCGUCGAAGAAAUGGGAAAAAGACUGGUGAAGCUUAUAAUUUCGAUGAUUUAAGAGAAAUGCAGUAUUUACAUGCAGCUAUUUCAGAAGCGAUGAGGCUAUAUCCACCAGUACCAGUUGAUACAAGGUCUUGUUUGAAAGAUGAAAUUUUACCAGAUGGAACUUUUAUUGGAAAAGAUUGGUUUAUGAGUUAUCAAACUUAUAGCAUGGGAAGAAUGGAGAACAUUUGGGGGAAAGAUUGUGGUGAGUAUAAACCAGAAAGAUGGCUUGAUGAAAGUGGAGUUUAUAAGCAAGAAAGUCCAUUUAAAUUUCCAGUGUUUCAUGCUGGACCAAGAAUGUGUCUUGGAAAAGAUAUGGCUUAUAUUCAGAUGAAGUCAAUUGCAGCUUCUGUGUUAGAAAAGUUUGAAUUUGAUGUUCAGUUGGAGAAGGAGAAGUGUCCUGAUUAUGUGUUAUCUUUGACUCUAAGAAUGAAAGGAGGUUUGCCUGUGAAGGUAAAAGAAAGAUGUAUGACCAAUAGUUAAUUUUGGGGUUUCGGAUUUUGGGUUUCAGUUCACCAGUAUAGCAAAUAUUAUUUUUGUGAUGUAAUGUCUAAUGCAUUAAGAUACUGUGGUUAGUUUCAUGAUGUAUAUAUAUCUUGCUUUUCUUUGAAAGUAAGGAAAGUUUUGGUUA